AUGACAAACUCACCGAACCAAUACUACUCAACAUCUGAAAAGAGCGCAAACUCCUACCAAUUGCAAACCGCAUCACACAAUGACCCAACUCCUCCACCCCCAUACUCUUCAGGACCUACCUGUGACCAGCACACGCCAAAGCCCGUUAUCCUAGAAUUCCAGCGGCCGUCGCAGCAAGGCUACCGGGUAUCUCGGCCGGAGGGGAGGAAUGAUCAACGAUUUCUAUAUCGUCAUGACUGA